ACUCAACCAACAGCAUCUCUACGUUCACGUCCGAAAUGGCCAGCACCGCCACCACCUGUCAUAGGCAACAACAACGGUGCAUCGGUGUUAGCAACAGAACAAUUGAACACAUGUAACAGUGACGUGUUGGAGGAAAUCUCUUCCAGUCUUGAGCAGCUGAACAAUCUUGCAUGUAAAAGUCCAUCGAUUGCAUCGAACGAUUCGAUGACCGAGUACGGCUGGAAGACGAUCAACGUUGAAGUGUGCGACGAUAGCUGUGCUGCUGGCCAGCAGAUGACCCGUUCCUAUCAGGAGCCAAGUCGACCAACACGGCCACCGCCGCCACGUAAUGUGCGACGCUCAUCCAGUCCAGAAGGUGAAUAUCGCAUGCCAUCGAGUAAUAGCAACAAAACAGAGCAAGCACGAUCACAGGAAACCCUCAAAACUUCACCACCGAGCUCUCAGCGCGGUAACGUACAUCGCAGUCAGAGCACGCUUUCGGGUGUUCCAGUAGCGUGCACAAAAGACAAUCGGACGCUGGUGCAUUUGGACACCGACACCUAUCCACCACAGCACCCGCACCACCCUCAUCAGCAACAACAGCAGCAGUCAUUUGGGCCCGGUGAGUCAUCCUAUAAUACAUUACCCAAACCACCGUUACCCAACAAGCCGAGGUCCAUCGUUGACUCGAACAAGCCAAACGAAAUCACAAAACUUUAA